GAUUCGCCAAUUAACACAAAGAAGAAGACUGCGGGGGCCCGUGCACUGUUGUGAUGAGCUGUACAGAGUUAGAGACGUGGGAAUUUCUAGCUAUUUAGUGAAAGUGUAUAUUCAGAACAGACAUGGACGUGGCGCUGUAUCUGGUAGCUGCUGCUAUCCUCAUCGUCCUGAUUUUGUUCGUGCUGAAGGUGCGGAGGAAAACACAGGAAGCUGAUGAGGAGCACCGGCGGGAUGUCGUCCGGGCAGCAGGCCCCCCUCAGCCGGUGGCAGAGGAUCGGGGAGCUGGUAUGCCCCGCAGGAGAAGGAACCUCGCUGCAGUGAUGGCCAACAGACGACCACAGAGAGACGCAGUGGAACAUGAGGAGGAACGUGUGGAGGAGGAAGAGCAGGAGCAGCAGAACUUCCAGCCAACAGCAAAAGUUGGAGCUAAGAAGCAGAGGAAGCUGGAGGAGAAACAGGCCAAGAAGGCCCAGAGAGAGGCGGAGCUGGAGGAGAGGGAGGAGAGGAAGAAGAUGCAGGAGCUCAGAGAGCAGGAGAGACGGCAGGAGGAGGAGAAAGAACGGCAGCUGGAGCAGAAACAGGAGGAGGAGGAGCGCCGAGCCAAAGAGGAGCAGGACAGACGGGAGGAGGAGGAGUACCAAAGACUCAAAGCCUCCUUCAUCAUAGAAGACCAGGGAGUGGAGGAGCAGCUCAGUGAGGACCAGUCACGCAACCUGCUGCAAGAGUUCAUCCAGUACAUUGAGGACUCCAAGGUGGUUCUCCUGGAGGACCUGGCCUCUCAUUUUGGGAUGAGGACUCAGGAUGCUAUCAGCAGACUGCAGGACCUGUUAGCUGAGGGCUCCCUCACAGGAGUGAUUGACGACCGAGGGAAGUUCAUCUCCAUCACUCCGGAGGAGCUGGACUCAGUGGCUCAGUUCAUCAGACAGAGAGGCAGAGUCUCCAUCACAGAGCUGGCUCAGGCCAGUAACUCCCUGAUCAAUCUGGUGCCAGAGAGCCGCAGCGCAGCCUGAUGGACGCCACGACAACAGCUCUCAAGAGACUGCUGAAGAGAAAAUCUGAACUCAGAUCUGUGUUGGUGAUAAUCACACACUGCAUUGUUUAUCUGCUGCUGGCUGGAGUUUGGUGCCAGAUCAGAUCAUGGUUCAGUACCCUUAGUUCACCAGCAGCUGUCAGGCUUCAGAUAGACCCGGAAUGAUGUUUGACUCAUCUAAAAGUGAACACACUUUUUAGUGUGUAAGAUAUUAAGUUAACAAACACAUCAACAUGGAAAUAAGAAAAAAAAAUA